GGAAAAAAAAUCUAAACGCAUGGAAUAUCUACUGUAUGUGGCUUUGAUGGACUCAAAACAUUCCUUUGCUCUUUUCUGCCCUAAAACUGUACAUUUCCAUCCUUCUUAAGCGUGUUGGCGAUGGGUGACAUCCAGGCGCCCUACAUGGACAUCCUGCAGCCCUACACGGAUGGCCACGGCUCUCGCCACUCUCACCGCCACGUCAGGGACUGUCAACCCAGCAUGCACGGCAAUCGCACCCACGAGAGCUUCCGCGCCAGCAACUACAGCGGUCUACCAGUGGCCGAGUCCAGACUGAUCGUGUACAACCUGCCUAACCGUGUCGUGACUGGUCACUUUACGGUGGUCCAUGACCCCCUGAGGACCCUGUCGGUUCUGGAGCCUGGCCAGCCAGGAGGCUGCAGCAAUUCCUGCAUGUCCACGGUGGAGGAGACGUCCCGGAACGCCGGCUGUCUGUACGCGCAGAACGCCGGCUUCUUCAACACCCGUACGGGCCAGUGUUUGGGCAACGUGGUGAGCGACGGCAGGAUGGUGCGGGACAGCGGCGGCGUGCAAAACGCCCAAUUUGGCAUUCGGAGGGAUGGGACCCUGGUGUUUGGGUAUCUGUCUCAGGAGGAAGUUCUGGAGCAGUCCAAUCCUUUUGUUCAGUUGGUCAGCGGAGUGAUGUGGCUGCUCCGAAACGGCGAGGUGUACAUCAAUUCCAGUCUGAAAGCCGAAUGCGCCGAAAUGCAGGAGAGCGGCUCGUUAGACUAUUUCACCAACGUUAUAUCAGCCAGGAGUGCUUUGGGUCACGACGCCGAGGGCAGGGUGAUCUUGUUCCAGGUGGAUGGACAGACAGGAGAAAGAGGAAUGAGCCUUUGGGAGAUGGCCGACUUCCUGAAGCAAAACGGAGUCAUCAACGCCAUCAAUAUGGACGGCGGCGGGUCUUCCACCUUCGUGUCCAACGGCACCCUGGCCAACUACCCGACGGACAAAUGCAAAGCAGACCAAAGGUGGCGCUGCGCUCGGCCAGUCUCCACCAUCCUGUGCGUCCAUUCGCGGCAUUGCCAGCCAUCGGAUUGCGGCGGACGCGGCCAAUGCGUGGACGGAUUAUGUCGCUGCCGCGAGGGCUGGCGGGGCGCCGGCUGCGACUCGACAGUGUGUCGGCUGCCAUCUUGCGGCUCGCGCCAGGUCUGCACCGCCAGGGGUUGCGUCUGCGAUGCCGGAUGGAGAGGCAAGAACUGCAGUCAAGAAUGUCUGCCGGGUUUCUAUGGCAACGGCUGCAACCAGACGUGCUCCUGCAUGAACGGCGGCUCGUGCCAUCACAUCCACGGAGGCUGCAGCUGCGCUCCGGGGUUCUCCGGAACAACUUGUGAAGAAGAUGGACGCUUAAAGGCCAAAGAGCGGGAGGAAGAAACUCGUUAUCUAACGGAGACAACGUGGCUGACGCUCACCAUCAUCCUGAGCAUUCUGCUGACGCUCAGCCUCCUGGCUCUUGCCACGCGGCUCUGCAGGCAAUCGCCAGCGAGUCGCACGCGUGCCAACUACGCAUACCUGCCGCUGACCGCCUCUGAGGGAGAGGUGCCCAAUGGCGGAGGGCCUGAGAAAUGCGAUCUGGAUUGCCCAAACUCUCUUGAAUUAAUGUAAGCCACGGCGGAAAGAGAGAAGUUCCCGUGACGUUUCAAACACUGGUCAAUGGCAUAAGGUCUGUAGCUUUAUCCCCCCCCCCCCUCCUCCCCUCUUUGGCUCACAGAGGUGCAAUUGCACUAUUGCAUGCAGCCUUUCUUCACAAAGUAGAGAAGAGCGCACUUGCAGACACAUUCCAGAAAUUGUCAGGUCACAGAUUGGCUUGUGUGUUUAAUUUCACACUCGAUGGGCGGGCACAGCUAUUCGUCUGAAUCUACCUUUAAAUUAUGAUCACUUAAUUUCAGCGUAAUAAGUUUAAAUAUUUGUUUUUGGACCAGGAGGUGGUUCUCAGGAAUAAACGCUGCUUCAUGUGAGCGACAGUACGAAUGCUGCUGUACAAACUUCUUUUGAUAGAAUGUCAAAAUAUCUUUGCAGGAUUUAUGGAGAACUGUGAAAUGAUAUUUAUAGUAUGGUAUCACUAUUUGGUGAGCGUAUCAAAGAAAGGAAUAAAGACUUAUUUUUCCGUC